AUGUCCCAACAAGGUGCAGCUCUUCAGAACUAUAAUAAUGAAUUAGUUAAGUGUAUGUUAACCAUGUUUAUUAAUAAUAAAAUAGGUUUGGAAGAUUUAUGUAAGCGAAGAGAAGACAUACAACGGCAAAUUAGUGUCGACGAGGCGGAAAAGGUUAAACUCCAGAGAGAUUUAGAUCAAAUGACAGAAAAGCUGAAUAGAGUUCAUGACAGCCUACAGAAAAAGCUUGUUCUAUGUAAUGAGCUCGAUCGAACAAUCGCAGAAUCUGAAGCAGCUUAUAUGAAGAUCCUUGAAAGUUCUCAAGCUCUGCUGUGUGUCUUGAAAAAGGAAGGCCAGGGAAUAAUUCAACGUGCCGCAGCAAAGAAUGUUCCAUUUUAA